CGAGACCUCCGAGUCCAGCGAGCGGAGAGUGUUGUUGGCAGUAAUCGUCUUGCUUGUGGGAGAAGUCGGAGUUUCGUUGUUUGUUUUUCCUUUUCUUAUUUUUUCCUGUUAAACUGUCUGUCGUUCAUGUGCUGUGGCUGCAUUCCUGGCUCCGACAACAUGGCCUUCCUCUCCAGUAAACAACUCCUCUUGAUUGGAAUGACACUGGGACUUCUAAACACUGUCUGUGCUGUAUCAUUCGAAGUGAAGGAUGAGAAGAACACAACAUGCAUAAAAGCUGAGCUUUCAGCAAAUUUUUCUGUCCAGUUUGAACAGAAUGACAAAAAUAUGAGCAUUGCAGUGAUAGUUCUCCCAGAAGAUGCAAAAGUAGGUAAUCUGAGCACUUGUGGUAAUACAACUACAGGCCCACUCUUGGUCAUUGUCUUUGGAGCUGGCCAUGAACUCGGCAUAAACUUCUCUUCAAGUUCUUCAACGUACAUGGUGAAAACGUUGGUGGUUACCUUCAAUCUUUCUGACAGUACUGUAUUUCCAAACUCAAGUUCUAAAGGCCAAGUGAGUGACUCCACAAACUCAGUUGAUAUCCAGGCUCCACUGAAUACCACUUACCACUGUGUGAGUGUUCAGCAUGUAAUGUUGAAGAAUGUCAAUAUCUCGUUCAGUAAUAUGAGACUGGAAGCCUAUCUGCACAGUUCAAACUUCAGCAAAGAUGAAAGUGUAUGCUCUGCUGAUCUUCCAUCUACUCCUGCACCAAAAACUACUCCGGCAACUACUCCUUCACCAACAACCGCACCUUUGCCAAACCCAACCCCAAAAACGUAUAAUGUCACAAAUGUCAAUGGGACUUGCCUUCUGGCCAAAAUGGGACUUCAACUUAAUAUUACCAUUACUCCACCAUCGGAAAACAAGACUGAAUCCCUUCUUGUGAACAUUCAACCCAACAAAACUAUAGCAACUGGAUCCUGUGGCAGUCAAAAUGCAUCUCUUGUUUUAAGUGACGGCAGUGUAACAAAUUUAACAUUCGUGUUUAUGCUGAAUAACACUUUAAAGAAGUUCUUCUUGAGUGGAAUCACCGUUGACACAAUCUUAAAUGCAGCUGAAAAAAAGUUUCAUGCCGAGAACAACAGUCUGAGCUAUCUGCGAGCAUCUUUUGGAAAGUCCUACACAUGCAAAGCUGAGCAAACUCUGUUAGUCUCACCUGAUUUUUCGGUCAAUGCCUUUGACCUCCAGAUUCAGCCUUUUGGAGUUCAUGAAGGCCAGUUUAGUGCAGUGGAGGAAUGUCAGAUGGAUGAAGACAACAUGCUCAUCCCAAUCAUAGUGGGUGCUGCACUGGCUGGAUUAGUUUUGAUAGUGCUGAUUGCCUACCUUAUAGGCAGGAAGAGAAGUCAUGCUGGCUAUCAAACCAUUUAAACAACUAAAUGAUCUGUCACUUAUUGAAUAGUCAAACCUAUCUACCACUGUAACUAACAGGCUCUUGCAAGAAGUUGGUACACGUACUUUUAAAGUCUACAAAUAAAACAGACAAACAUAAGGGAGCUUCUAGUUGGCUUAAUCUGCUUCUGGGCAGGAUUUACCUGCUGAACCUGGCAUCUGCAGUGUUGUUGUUUUUACUAAACUAUGGUUUGUGAAUUUUGUUCACCUUUCUCUUUUCUUUUUGAGCUUUUCCUAGGCUGAGAUUUUGUUACAUGUUGGACUGUUGAGUACAGUUGAAAUAGCAAUACUGCAGUGUCUGAAUUGGAACUCACAAGACAUUGAAUACACUAAACUGACAAAUGUAACUGUUUCUGCUAAUAUGAGAGCAUGGUGCAGUAUUAAGUCUUAAUUAUAAAUGGUCAUUGGAUACAUAAAUGUUACCUUCAUAGUCCAAGGGUGGUAAGUAUUGUAUUAUUGUAAAGAAACAUUGAGGGGAAACUCCUUUAUGUAUCAUUUUGGGGUUAAAUAAGUGUUUCUUUUCACAAUUCUUGGGAUUGCUGUAUAAUUUUUGGAAUUGCCUCUUUUGAAUGAAGCUUUUUUUUUUCCUUCUUAAAGCUUCUCAGACUUGUUUGGUUAGCAGAAACAAAUGGUAGUUUUAAAGGGAAGCAUGAACAUCAUUCCAUUUAUAGAUUUUUAAGAGACUAAAUUUGAUUGCUGCAUAUUUUCUUUUGGUUGGCUGUUUUCAUGAUUGUUCUGGUUUUAGUUUUUAGUUGUGCUUAGGGAUAAUUUUCAGGUUUUUUUUUUUUAUCCUGCCUUUGUUGUGGUGUGCAAGAGUUCCAGAGAGAUGCUACAUUUUAGUAACCUGACUUGAAUUCACUUGCUUAUCAAUAACUGGUACGUUUUGUAACAACUGGAAUAAGAACAGCCACUGCAAGUUUCCACUUACACUCUUGUUGUCUGCAGCCUGUUUAUAAUAAUUUAAGUGGGAAGAAGAAAACCGUACCCCAAUAGAAGGGUGUUUUUGUUUUUUGUAUUUUUUGUUUAAACCACCAACCAUUGAUGGUCAACACUAAAGACAAACCAAUGUCAAGAAAUUUAAAAAUCUUAAUGCAUUAUUUAAUUUUACUAGCUGUAUGUCAAUCUCUUCAUUCAUGUUUGUGCUACAGUUUGGAGAAAAUUUGAGUUUGCUGUUUUACUGUGCUUAAGAAGAGAAUUCUGGAGAUCUAAGUUUGUACUCCUCACCCAUCUGCUCCAUUUGCAAAAUGAGGAUUAGUCCAAACAGUGACCCAUUUAAGCCACCGGGGUCAAUAAUAUGACCUUCCAACUCUCCUUUCAAAUGUACUCUGUCUGCUGCUACUGCAAGUUGACUAGUUUUAGAUGGCUGGCAGCUCAGAGAUGUUUUAUUGCACAUGAAAAGAGCAAUCCUUGCGUAUUUUGCCAGCCUUAAUGUUGAUGCCUGCUGUUGACUGCUUUAAAAGUUUACUUUCUUCCCAGAGUCAGUAUGACAGCUUGUACCCCUCAAUAUUCUAAAUUCAGUGACUUCAGUGUGUACAAUACAUAUAUAAUUUUCCCCGUCCUAGAUUUUCUCCUAGUAAUUCUGUCGUCUUGUUUUUCUUUCACAUUUUCUUCAUCUGUUUGGAAUAUUGUUUUAGACUUGAGUUCUCAGUGAGUAAAUAUCCUGAUUCUCUCUCUCUCUCUCCCCCCAUCAUGUGGCAGCAUCCCAGCACCCAUUUGGUUUUUCUUGACAACAGGGAAAAGUAGCUGCAUGUAUACUCCAGCUUAUUUGUGGGGCUACCCUUGAUUCUUCUAGAUUGCUCUCUAAUCAAAAUCUCCUACGUGUUUGGAAGUUGGAGUCAAGAAAGGUGGGCAGUAAAUGGGCUUGUAUACUCCUAAAUGUAGGACUUUAUUGCCUAGAACAAGGGAUUGUGCAACAAAACAGUCAAGUGCGUGUCUUUGCAUAUUGCCUAUCGUGAAUAAACUACCAAAUGAGUUCUAGCAGUUCCACUAGCCUACAACAUUUUUCCAUCACAAAACGGGCAAAGGACAUGGAUGUGAAGUGAGUUAAUGUUACUUUUAUACGUAGAAUGUGGAUGUCAUUAAUCUGACAGCUUCUUUGAGGUGCCUUGACAGAAAGCCUGUUUGAAACCUUGGAACAUAAAAAAUAUCAUUAAGAAGCUUGUUAUGGCUUAUUUGUAAUUUAAGAAUAGAAUGGUAUAAUAAAGCAAAUGGUUGCUAUGUUGUGGUACUCAAGAAAACAUCUGAUGCUUACAAUUUUGACUUACCAUUUGCUUGCAUUUUAAGAGGAAAGUUUCAAAGAUCUGAGCUGAACUCCAGAACUUUAUUGCCCCUUUCAUUCAUGUGUAAUGGGCAGCAAUUGGGACAUAAACUGCCUAUGUUUUGUUAAUGCACUUAGCGUGAUGUUUUUAAGAAACUGUGUGAUUAUACAAGUUUAAAAUGAAAUACUAAUAAAUCAUUUUUCCAGGUG